AUGACACACCGUGUGUUUUCCCAGUCAUUGACCCUUUGAGAUUGUGGAUUGUGAGUCACUGAUAAGAGCUCAGCUGCUCUUUUUGGUCUGCUAAUAAGAAGCAGUGCCAUCGUCUGAAGCUGACUGAUCCAUAGCUAAUUUUCCAACUCAGCCCCAAGUCUUCGCCGCACAGGAAAGAAAAGAUGAGGCUCUCAAAUCAACUGAUGCGCAACACAUUGUUGCGCACAAGCAAAACACGGUAUACAGCAUCAUCGCUCAGUUCCUCGCUAUGGAAGAGGUCAUAUAGCAUUAAGCCUAUUUCCGCGUCAACGGAGCUCCCAGCUCUCGAUCCCUCCAAGCUCGAAAUUACGAAGACCACCACCCCCAAGGACUUGACACCGAAUAGUCAAUUGCAGUUUGGCAAGACAUUUACGGAUCAUAUGCUCACAAUGGAAUGGACUGCUACCGACGGAUGGCUGACUCCUCGCAUUGUCCCCUACCAAAACCUCAGCCUUGAUCCCGCGACCUGCGUUUUCCACUACGCCUUUGAGUGCUUCGAAGGUAUGAAGGCUUAUAAAGACAAGGAUGGCAAGAUUCGUCUGUUCCGUCCCGACAAGAAUAUGGAGCGUCUCAACAAGUCGUCUGCUCGCAUUGCUCUUCCUACUUUUAAUGGUGACAGUCUUACCAAGCUCAUUGCAGAGUUUACAAAGCUGGAGAGCCGAUUCAUUCCUAAUGAAAAGGGAUAUUCCCUAUAUCUAAGACCUACGAUGAUUGGUACCCAGAAGACCAUCGGAGUUGGACCACCAGGAUCAGCUCUUCUAUUCGUGAUUGCCAGUCCUGUCGGCCCUUACUAUCCCACUGGAUUUAAGGCUGUGUCUUUGGAAGCCACUGAUUACGCAGUACGUGCCUGGCCGGGCGGUGUUGGUGACAAGAAACUUGGUGCCAACUAUGCACCUUGCAUUGUUCCUCAACAAGAGGCCGCCUCCCGCGGUUUCCAGCAGAACUUGUGGCUUUUCGGCGAGGAGGAAUACGUCACUGAAGUCGGUACCAUGAACCUCUUCAUGGCCAUCAAAAACAAGGAGACUGGAUUGAAGGAGCUCUUGACUGCGCCUUUGGACGGAACGAUUCUGGAAGGUGUCACGAGAGACACUGUUCUUGCACUUGCGCGGGAGAGAUUGGUGCCCGAGGGCUGGGUUGUCUCUGAACGUAAAGUGCGCAUGUCAGAGGUUGCUGAGGCAGCUACUGAGGGACGGUUAUUGGAAGUCUUUGGCUCUGGCACAGCAGCUAUUGUUAGCCCCGUUCGCAAGAUUAGUUAUAAGGGUCAAUUGGUGGAUUGUGGAUUGCAGGAGAAUGAGGAAGCUGGUGAGAUUGCUCUUCGUAUGAAGAACUGGAUCGAGGGUAUCCAGUACGGCGAGGAGAAGCAUCCUUGGAGUUAUGUCGUUGAGUAAAUAUUUUUCACUGCGAUAUAUCAUUGGACUUACCAUACUUGGAGCAUUUUGGAGUUUGUAAUUUACGGCUUUAACCAACUGGCAAAGAAAAAUUUGAGAAUAAAAGAGAAUUGUGAACCCAUUUUCA